AUGGCUGUGUUGGGGGACGGUGUGUUGGGAGAGGGUGGGGUGGGGGGGGGGGAGGGGUGUGGGGGGGGUGGGAAUGGGGUUUUAAUGGUGUUUGGAAUAGGUUGUGGGGGGGGGGGAUAA